GGAGCAGCACCAAGGGCAGCCGCCGCCUGUCCAGGCCAGCUCUCGCUCGUGCCCGGAGAGGGGAGCCUAUGAGAGAGGCGCACGAGCUCGCCUUGGAUCUGCGGGCCAGCCAGCCGGCGGACUGAGUGACGGCGUCUUCUCCCGCUGGGGCAAGAACCUUCGAAGCAGAUGGACCUCCAGCUGCAGGAGGGAACACGGGUGUGGCUGCAAGACCAGGACCAGUUGCAGCCCUGCACUAUUGGCUCCUGUGCUGAUGGAUCUGUGCUCUUCACUUCAGACUAUGGUGAGGUGUUCUGCUACCCACGGGCCUCUUUGCCCAGGGAGAAGGUCCUGCCUAUGCAUUGGUCAAGUAUGGAGGGGGUGGAGGACAUGUCUCUGCUGGGGGACCUGCACGAAGCUGCCAUCUUGCUCAAUCUGCACCAGCGCUACCAGCAGGACCUGAUCUAUACAAACAUUGGCUCCAUCUUGGUCUCUGUGAAUCCCUAUAAACCCAUUGCUGGCCUCUACGAUGCAGCUGCCAUUGACCUCUACCGACAGCACUGCCUGGGUGAGCUGCCGCCCCACAUUUUUGCCACCGCCAGUGAGUGCUACAGCUGCCUGUGGAGGCGCCACGACAGUCAGUGUAUCCUCAUCAGUGGAGAAAGUGGAGCUGGAAAGACCGAGAGCACCAAGUUGCUAUUGAAGUUCCUGUCAGCCACGAGCCAGACCUCACUGGGUGGCCCUGCACCAGAGAAGAGCACGCAUGUGGAGGAGGCCAUCAUGGAGAGCAGUCCAAUCCUGGAGGCGUUUGGAAAUGCCAAGACAGUCUACAACAACAAUUCUAGCCGCUUUGGCAAAUUCAUCCAACUGCACUUUUCCCAGCAUGGGCAUAUCCAAGGAGGGAGAGUCACGGACUAUUUAUUGGAGAAGAACAGGGUUGUUCAUCAAAACCCAGGAGAACGCAAUUAUCAUAUCUUCUAUGCCUUACUAGCUGGCAUCAGUGGAGAACAGAAAGAAGCCCUGGGCCUGCUGGAGCCAAAGAGCUAUCGCUAUCUCAACCAGUCCGGCUGCGUAACCAAUGAGAAUCUGGAUGACAAAGAGAUGUUCAGCAAGGUCAUGACUGCUCUCGAGGUGAUGGGAUUCAGUUCUGAAGAGAUCAGAGACAUUUUCAAACUCCUGUCUGGCAUUCUGCAGCUUGGAAACAUUGAGUUCAUGACAGCUGGAGGAGCCCAGAUCACCACAAAAACAGUGCUGAAUAACGUCAGUGAGCUACUUGGCUUGGAUGCCUUCCAGUUAUCUGAGGUGCUCACCCAGAGAUCCAUGUUUCUGCGGGGGGAAGAAAUCAGCUCUCCCCUCACGGUGGAGCAGGCUGCUGACUCCAGGGAUUCUCUUGCCAUGGCCCUUUAUUUACAGUGCUUCUCAUGGAUCAUUGGCAAGAUUAACUCCAAGAUCAAGGGGAAGGAAAACUUCAAGUCUGUGGGAAUCCUGGAUAUCUUCGGGUUUGAGAACUUCCAGGUGAAUCGUUUUGAGCAGUUUAACAUUAACUAUGCAAAUGAGAAGCUCCAGGAGUACUUCAACAAGCACAUAUUCUCCCUGGAGCAGCUUGAAUACAACAGAGAGGGGAUAAACUGGGAAGCCAUUGAUUGGAUGGAUAAUGCAGAGUGUCUGGAUCUUAUUGAGAAGAAACUGGGUUUGCUGGCCUUGGUUAAUGAAGAGAGUAGAUUCCCCAAAGGCACGGACAGCACUCUUCUGGAAAAGCUCCACAGCCAGCAUGGGAACAACCAGUAUUACAUGAAGCCACGAGUGACAGAUUUCCAGUUCGGGAUCCAGCAUUAUGCCGGAGAGGUCCUCUAUGAUGUGAGAGGUUUUCUGGAGAAAAACAGGGACACCUUUCGGGAUGAUAUUUUAAACAUGCUGAAAGACAGCAGGCUGGAUUUCAUUUAUGACCUCUUUGAAAGAGUCUCUAGCUGCAGUGGUGAAGACACUCUGAAGAUGGGAACUCAGAGGCGCAGACCAACCGUCAGCUCCCAGUUCAGGGACUCGCUUCACUCCUUGAUGGCCACACUCAACACUUGCAACCCAUUCUUCAUUCGCUGCAUCAAACCCAACUUGGAAAAGGCAUCAAACCUCUUCAGUCCAGAUGUGGUGCUGAAACAGUUGCAGUAUUCAGGCAUGCUGGAGACUGUGAAGGUUCGGAGAGCUGGCUUUCCUGUUCGGCGGCUCUUUGAAGAUUUCCUCCUCAGGUACAAGAUGCUGUUGAAGAACUGGAGCAAUCCAGACAGUGCAAAGACUACAUGUUCAGCCUUCCUGAAGACAUAUGACGGUGCUCAGCAAGAAUGGAAGCUAGGGAAAACCAAGGUUUUCCUGAAGGAGGCUCUGGAGCAAAAACUGGAGAAGGCCCGGGAAGAGGAGCUGAGGAAGGCGGCGACCAUCAUCCGAGCCCACGUCCUGGGCUACAUGGCAAGGAAGAGCUAUCAAAGGGUGUUAGGCAGUGUCGUGACCAUUCAGAAGAAUUAUCGUGCUCACUUCUGGAAGAAGUCCCUCCUGCGCCUGAAGGCCUCUGCCAUUGUCCUGCAGAAACACUGGCGCGGACAGCUGGCUCGCAGCCUAUAUCGGCACCUGCUACAGGAAGAACAGAGGCGGAAACAGGAAGCUGAGGAGCAGAGGCAGCGAGAGGAAGAGAGGAUUAGAAAGGAGGAAGAGGAAAGACAAUGGCAAGAAGAGAGGGAGUGUAAGAGGAAGCAGGAGGAGGAGGAGAAAAAGAAAAGAGAGAAGGAACAGCUGGAAGCAGCACUACAGAUGGCUCAGGUGAAAGUGCUAAGGACACAAGAAGAAGUCCAGCCAUUGCAGGAAGAGGAACGGCGUCAGAUGGAGGAGAUUCUGCGGUUGGAAAGGGAGAUUGAAAAGCUGCAGUGGCAGCAACAAGCAGACCAUGUUUCCAUCACCUGCGAAAACACCAAGAAUGAGAUAAAGCGGCAGCGGGAAGAAGAGAUACAGAGGCUAGAGAAGGAAGCGUCCAGGGUUGCACAGGAAUUUUUGGAGCUGCUGGACUUUGGGAACCUGGAUGAGAGUGUGCAAGGUCUGGAGUGUUCUCUUUCCAAUGAAGGAACCCUCAACAUUGAGUGCAGCCUGACGGCUCCCCUGGCUGAGGAAGAGGAAGAUGAAGGUUUUCCUGCAGAUGAUGAGGGCCCACCAAUCCCCAGCCCAAGUCUUUUGAACCAGGACAGCACCAGAACCAGUGAUAACUACUACUCUGAGGAGGACACAUCUCCCAAUGUGCCAGUGCACAGGGACGGAGAGGCCAACUCACUGGGUCUUUCUCUAGAGAGACCUGCAAGCCCUUCAAAGCAGCAGAUGGAAAGCAUCUACCACAGUGUCUCGGAAAUCCUGCCAAGCGACAAUGGGGAGCCGGAAGAUCCAAUUUACAGCUUGCCUCCAGAUGUGGAGUCGGACUAUGACCACGAGGAGUUCGAUGGCAGUGGAGAUGUUGGCAGCACAUCAGCUGAGCCCCUGAAUGGGGAGGAGGUCUUGUGCAAUUCUCACAGCAACGGCGUGGAUUCCAACCGGGGAAGCUUAGACUCGUUUCUAGAUAGUGAAGAGGAAGGGGAUGCUUAUAUGGACACAGAUGAAGAAUUCUGCAGCAGCCGGGUCACUGUGCUCAAUGGAUCGGGGCCAGCCUAUUUUCACAGCUAUCUCUACAUGAAGGGGGGCCUGAUGAACCCCUGGAGACGGCGCUGGUGUGUCCUGAAAAAUGAAGCCUUCAUGUGGUUCCGAGCCAAGCAAGAGGCCUUGAAGUCUGGCUGGCUUUACAAAAAGGGAGGGGGCAUGUCCACGUUGUCCCGCCGGAACUGGAAACGCCGCUGGUUCGUGCUAAGGGAGGCCAAGCUGAUGUACUUUGAGAAUGACAGUGAAGAGAAGCUAAAAGGGACAAUUGACAUCAGGAAGGCCAAGGAGAUUGUGGAUAUUCAUGAGAAAGAGAAUGCCCUCGAUAUCGUGACAAAUGACCGAGUUUACCACAUAGUGGCAGAGUCACCAGAGGAUGCCAGUGAUUGGUUUAAUGUCCUGAGUCGUGUGCACAGUGCUACAGAGCAGCAGCUGAGGGAGAUGCAAGAUGAGCAGGCGAACCCAAAGAAUGCAGUGGGAACCCUGGAUGUGGGACUCAUUGACUCUGUCUGUGCUUCUGACAAUCCUGACAGGCCAAACUCUUUUGUGAUAAUCACAGCAAAUCGAGUCAUUCACUGCAACAGCGACAUCCCUGAGGAGAUGCACCACUGGAUCUCUCUCCUGCAGAAGCCCAAAGGCGAAUCCAGGGUUGAUGGGCAGGAAUUCCUUGUGAGAGGCUGGCUUCACAAAGAGGUCCAGAACAGCAGCAAGACGUCUUCUCUGAAGGUAAAGAAGCGCUGGUUCGUGCUGACUAAUACUGCCCUUGACUACUACAAAUCGUCAGAGCGCACUGCCACCAAGCUUGGGACACUUGUGCUCAACAGCCUCUGCUCGGUGGUGCAGCCUGCUGAAAGGGUCUUUGAGGAAACGGGCUACUGGAAUAUCACGGUGCAUGGCCGAAAGUACUCGUACCGUGUCUACACCAAGCUGUUGAACGAAGCCAUGCGCUGGGCCUCUGCCAUCCAAGGUGUCAUUGACAGCAAAGUUCCCAUUGAAACACCCACACAGCAACUUAUCCGUGACAUUAGGGAAAACAGCAUGAACUCUGACGUGGUGGAACAGACCUACCGAAGGAAUCCUAUCCUGAGAUAUACCCAGUAUCCCUUGCACUCUCCGCUGCUACCACUGCCCUAUGGGGACAUAGGGGUCAGCAUGCAGCAAGAGAAGGGCUACAGCAGCCUCCAGGAUGAAGCCAUGAAGAUCUUUAACUCCCUUCAGGAGAUUGAGACUGUAUCAGACCCCAUCCCCAUUAUCCAGGGCAUCUUGCAGACUUGCCAUGACCUCAGGCCCCUCCGUGAUGAGGUAUAUUGUCAGCUGAUCAAGCAGACAAACCAUGUGCCCCAGCCCAACAGCCCUGGGAACCUUCACCACUGGCAACUGAUGACCUGCAUGAGCUGCACCUUCCUGCCCAGCAGAGGAAUCCUCCGUUACCUCAAGUUCCACCUCAGAAGAGUAAAAGACCUCUUCCCAGGCACAGAAAUAGACCGGUAUUCUCAGUUCAUCAGCGAUUCACUGAAGAGAACCAAGAGCAGGGAGUUUGUCCCCUCCCAGGAGGAGAUACAGGCCCUCAUCACCCGAGAGGAAAUGACCACCACAGUCUACUGCCAUGGAGGGGGCUCCUGUCAAAUCACUAUCAACUCUCAUACGAGUGCAGGAGAGGUGGUAGAGAAACUGAUUCGAGGGUUGGCCAUGGAAGACAGUCGGAACAUGUUUGCCCUCUUUGAACGCAAUAAGCAUGUGGACAAGGCAAUUGAGAGUCGGGUGAUUGUAGCAGAUGUUUUGGCCAAGUUUGAGAGACUGGCUGGGUCUGUGGAAGAAGAGGAGGAAGGGCACUGGCAGCUGUACUUUAAACUGUAUUGCUUCUUGGAUGUUGAAACUGUCCCCAAAGAGGGAGUGGAGUUUGCCUUCAUGUUUGAGCAGGCUCAUGAAAGUCUCAUUGAUGGCCAUUUCCCUGGCCCCGAGGAGACACUGCAGCGCUUAGCAGCACUGCGGCUGCAAUACCUACAUGGGGACUAUUCCAAAGCCUCCUGGUCCCUUGACAACGUCUACCCAGUCAAGAGGCUGAAGUCCAAGAUCCUGCAGACCAUGAAGAGCAGUGGCCCCAGCAGCCACGCGCUGGAGAGGAGGCGGACCAGCUUCCUGGAGGGCACCCUGAAGCGCAGCUUCAAGACGGGCUCCGUGAAGAAGCAGAAGGUGGAAGAGGAGCAGAUGAUGGAGAUGUGGGUGAAAGAGGAACUGUCAGCCGCUCGGGCCAGCAUCGCAGAGAAGUGGAGCAAACUACAGGGGCUGCUCCAGCAGCAGGCUAUGGUGGCGUAUAUGGCCAUCAUGAAGGAAUGGUCUGGCUACGGGUCCACUCUCUUUGAUGUUGAGUGUAAGGAAGGUGGCUUUCCAAAUGACCUCUGGCUCAGUGUCAGCACAGAGAAUGUGUCUGUAUACAAACGGGGGGACCCUAAACCCCUGGAAACGUUCCAGUAUGAGCACAUUGUCUUCUUUGGGGCUCCCCAGCCCAACACCUUCAAGCUGACUGUGGAUGAGAGAGAGAUGUACUUUGAAACCCCCCAGGUGGGCGAGAUCAUUAAAAUCAUGAAAGCCUACAUCAACAUGAUUGUGAAGAAAUGCUGUAGCGUCAGAUCCGCCACCAGCCUGGACAGCCGUGCAAGUAUCUGGACAAGGUGAUGGGGCCAUGAGGCCAAAUUGAGUCUGUGGGGGGAAAGACGCAGACUGUGUCCCAGCCAGAUUUGUAGCAAGAAUUCCUUUUUUAAAAAGAAAACCCUCCCAAAGUAUUGCCUGAGAAAGGCCAAGAGACCGCUGCAGGGUUUGCGUCUUUCAGUGAAACAAGAAGACUAGCAACUCUUGGGAGCGGAAGCACACUCUUCCUCUGGCCUUACUCUUACGGAAAAGACUGCAUCAUGGAGGCAGAGACCAACCAUCUGAAGCAAAUGCUGCCACCUUUCUUGGACAGAAUGAGGCAUAAAGACCUGUGCAAUAAAAAGAGCUGGAAAGUGGAAAGGAGGGAGAAAGAUGCGCGCGCACACGCACACACAUUUUGCUGUGACGAGACAGGCGAGAUUUCUCCACUGGUCCACAAAUGAGAAGCAGAGGCGCCAGUUAAUUUUACAGCCAAGCUCUCCAGUGGCAAAGAUUGAAUUGCCCCUUUUGGGGGUGAUGUUCCCUCAGGGAUGAGCUGCUACUACUGAACAGACUUCUACUGGGAACCUCUGUGUGGGGCCAUCAUACUGUCAGUAUUACCAGCCCCAGCAGGUAAUGAUUAAAAACGAAAUCUUCCAGUGAAUCACAAGGUUUCAGAGCUGCUCCUGCAAAGUGGCUGGUUCUUGGUUGCUGUUAGCCAGGAUUCUCACAGAAGCUUGUGACUCUGCAGCUGGAGCUUUAAGAAAAAUCCCAGCUGUCACAAGGCUGUGGGUGAGGUGGCAGGGUCUUCCUUGGUGCUGCUCUUCAGAGUACUUUGCCAGAGGAGCAAUUUCUCAUGGUGCAUGUUUGGGGGAAAUGCUGCUCUCAGUACAAAUCCAUAUAUCUGAUCAAUUUAGGGGAAGAGGUUGGUGGUCAGAUAUAUGUGUAGCCAGUUGCAAGGAGGAAGUCUCUCUUCUCUAAUGGAAGGGACCUUAGAUUAGUGGUAGAGCAUGUGAACUUGCGUGCAGAAAGUCAGUGGUUCAAUUCCUCAUCUUCAGUUGAGAAAAGACCUGAUGGGAAAGGCUUCUGCCUGAGACCAUGGAGAGCAGCUGCCUGUCAGAGUAGAGACAGUGCUGAGCUAGAUGGACCUGUUAGUCAGACUCAGGCUGAGGCAGUUUCAUGUAUCCCCAAUCAUUUAUAUUUUGCUGCCCUCUUAGGAGUUUGGACUGCUUCUUCCAAGACUCUUUCUGCAUUGCUACUGUCAGAACCAGGAGAUGAAAAACAUUGUGGGAUGAUCGUUGGUAAAUCAGGGGCGGGCUGGCUGGCUGGAUUUCUACUGAUAUAGUGUCGAGUGGAUUUUAUUUAUGUGGGUCAGAGCUCUUUAGAAAGCAGCACCUUAAUCUAUUUCUUUGGGAUCAAAACCCCAGAGGAACUGAUUGCUUAUACUCUGCACUAAAAAACUAAAGGUAAUCCAGAUUCUCUCCCAAGAAAAAAUAAAUUGUGAAAACUGAUAUGCAUCUUAUGCAAAAUAAACAAAUGUGUUUAUUUUGCAUAAUGUAUUCUGCAAGCCAGAGAAAAGGGCAAAGAGCUAAGCAAAGUAUUAAGGUUCUACUCUGUAACUGUUGGAAAUCGUGCUCAGCCUUCUGAAGUUUCUUCAGAUCACUGCUCCUGUUUUCAAGUAUUCCUUCAUAGCUUUAGGGGCUAGACACAUGCUUUUUAAAUGAAAGCGGAGAUUCUCAGGAUCCUGAAUUCUGUAUCCACUGCCAAAUUCUGCAUUUGUGUAACGUGAUGACAGAAUAUAUGCUGCUCUGCCUCUCUGUCACAGGCAAACAUGGAAAUUCCCACCUUCUCCAGUGAUUUCACCUAGGAAAACCAACCUGCUAUUGUCUUGUCCUCAAGAAGGCAACCUUGGGUUUUUAAUGCCCCUUCCAUCCCUCACCCCCAGUAGAGCCCAAAUAGUUUUUCUAUCACCAGAGAUGGUCCUCUAUAGAGGCUUUUUCCAAGCAGGGAUCCCCUCCACUCCUUUAUCUCUGGGAAUGCAAAUAAAAUAAGAUCACCCCUCUCUGAAUAAGCUGCCUGGUAACACAGUUGUCAUCUUCAUUUACUGAAGCUGAAACACACACACAGUGCAGUGCCACAGUAAAGGAUUAGCAUACUCCUCUCUGGGGCAGAGGCAGACUCACACCCCAAAUCCAAUGUGCAUGUUGUGUAGUUGCAUCAUCCAAGCUGGACAUAAGCAUCACAUCACCUUUUAGGUAGUUUUGACAGGGAAACAUUGCCUUAAGAUGCCCGAUUGAGUCACAUUAAGAGCUCCUUUUUUUGACCUCACCAGGUUAUGGAGUUGGUGGAACAGAGAAGACUGAUGAAAUGGAGCUGUGAUCCUGCCUAUUUGGUCCAAUACACUGACUAGAACUUGCUUAGGACACUCCCCACCUCCUUAGCCCUGCACUAUUACUAUGUUCUGGCUCACGGGUUGCUGCAGGCAGCUUAAACCCAAUUAGGAAUGUAACUUCCAUUAAUUCUACUGCAGAAUUCCUUCUGCUCUUUUGUUUGUUUAAUUUGUAACUGGCUUUACAAAAUGAAGGUUUAAUAAAUUAUUGAAUUGCAUAA